CGUAGCUAUAAAUGGGACCUGAUCACUUGGGUGACGUGUAUUUGGACAUCAAAAGCCCGAAUAGAUCAAUCCUUGUACCAUGGCAACCGCACCUAUCUUUCCAGGCCCAGGCGGUCCGGGACCCUUCCCAGGCGGUCCGGGACCCUUCCCAGGCCCUGGCCUUCCGUUACCAGGUCCCCGCUUUGGUGGGCCUUUGUCUGCUCUGUUUGGAUUCUUUGCAGGGGCAGCAACUUUAUUACUUUUUAGUGAUGUCUUCGAAGGUCCGCCUGGGCCAACAGGGUUUAUUGGACCCACAGGUGCUACAGGAUCCACAGGUGCUACAGGAGCCACUGGUCCCACUGGUGCUACAGGCAUAGGUGCUACAGGAGCCACUGGUGCCACUGGGGCUACAGGUGCUACAGGUGCUACAGGUGCUACAGGAGCCACUGGGGCUACAGGUGUAGCUGCUACAGGUGCUACAGGAGCCACUGGUGCCACUGGUGCUACAGGAGCUACAGGUGCUACAGGUGCCACUGGCGCUACAGGAGCUACAGGUGCUACAGGUGCCACUGGAGCUACAGGUGCCACUGGAGCUACAGGUCCAACUUAAUAUGAAACGAUUGAUCAUACUUUGGACUCUAGUGGUGAUGCCAAUGCCAAUUAUAUUUCAUUGAUAGCGCUUUAUUGCAAAAACAGGCAUGUGAUAAAAUGGCAGACGUAUGGAA